UCAAGCUUAUUCUGCUGUCACCAUCUAACGACUCAGUCAUCAGCCCUAUGUCCAUCGUGGACACGCAGAGUGCGGAACGAAAUCUCCAUCGAGGAACGGGCCACAUCCAGUCUCAUAUCUGAGGCAUAUAUAAGAGCGUCGAAGAUGGACAGUCAAGAAAACAUCCACGCCGACAAUCCAACAGAUCCACCACCAUCGCCUCUUGCCACUCUACCAACAACAACUUAUCACUCAGCAAUACCUGCACCCACAACAUCACACAGUACCAGUGUAAUCAACGACCACCGUCGCAUGAGUGAUUUUUCCCAAACCGAACCCUCUUCAUCCCAGACUGCAGAUUCGCCCAUUGAGUCGAGUACGCAAACAAGUUCACAAGCUUUAUAUCAAUCAACCAACACUACCUCACCACCUGCCAACUCAUCUCAACAUAUCACCUCGACCUCGACCCCUUCAUCAUACACCCAUCUUCAAUCACCACAAAUCACCGUUUCAGCGCAUACGGCCACCCAACCCCGAUCUCGAACAUCUGCAGUGCGUCACUCCACACUCCGCAGCCGCUCCUCCAACCCAUCACACCAUCGCCUUUCACCCUACUACACACGCGCCUCGACUACUCGAAGAUCGCACUCACAGCCUCGCUCAACACCAUCCACUAUCACUACUACGCCAGCCGCAAUGUCUUCCUCUUCGUCUUCCUCCGGCAACACGUCGACUGCUGGCUCUUCGUCUGGCAGCAACCCGUCGUAUCAGCUCCCCUAUGCGCCGUUCCCUUACCCCAUGCCACAGUCUGGUGGGAACGGGCAGGGCGGCUCUGGAAAAUAG